AUGGAUGCUGCGGGAAGGGGCUGCCAUUUGCUGCCCCUGCCAGCGGCGCGAGGCUGCCGGGUCCCUGCAGUCGCCGCGGUCGCCACUGCCACCAGCCGGCUCGGCUUCUGCAGCGGCCCCGCCUCGGCUCCCUCCGGGACUCGCGGAGAGGUCGCCAUGAACCCCAGCUCCUCCGCGGGAGAGGAGAAGGGGGCGACAGGCGGCAGCAGCAGCAGUGGAAGCGGCGCCGGGAGCUGCUGUCUCGGCGCCGAGGGCGGCGCGGACCCGCGGGGCGCAGCGGCAGCGGGGGCCGCUGCCCUGGAAGAGCCGGUAGCCGCUGGCCAGAAGGAGAAGGACGAGGCGCUGGAGGAGAAGCUGAGGAACUUAACUUUCCGGAAGCAGGUCUCUUACAGGAAAGCAAUCUCCCGGGCUGGCCUUCAGCAUUUGGCUCCUGCACAUCCCCUCAGCCUCCCUGUGGCAAACGGUCCAGCGAAAGAGCCCAGAGCGACUCUGGACUGGAGUGAGAACGCGGUGAACGGAGAACACCUCUGGUUGGAGACCAACGUCUCAGGAGACCUGUGCUACUUGGGAGAGGAGAACUGCCAAGUCAGAUUUGCAAAAUCAGCUCUCAGGAGGAAAUGUGCAGUCUGUAAAAUCGUUGUCCAUGCCGCCUGCAUUGAACAGCUAGAAAAGAUUAAUUUCAGAUGUAAACCAACAUUUCGAGAAGGGGGCUCAAGAUCUCCAAGAGAAAAUUUUGUGCGUCAUCACUGGGUGCACAGGCGGCGGCAGGAGGGAAAAUGUAAGCAGUGUGGUAAGGGAUUCCAGCAAAAGUUCUCCUUCCACAGUAAAGAGAUUGUGGCUAUCAGCUGUUCCUGGUGCAAGCAGGCGUUUCAUAAUAAGGUGACCUGCUUCAUGCUGCAUCACAUUGAGGAACCCUGCUCCCUGGGGGCUCAUGCUGCUGUUAUUGUCCCACCCACCUGGAUCAUUAAGGUGAAGAAACCACAGAACUCACUCAAGGCUUCAAAUCGGAAGAAGAAGAGAACAAGCUUUAAAAGAAAAGCCAGUAAAAAAGGAAUGGAACAGGAAAACAAAGGCCGUCCUUUUGUGAUAAAACCCAUCUCUUCUCCUCUCAUGAAACCCUUGCUUGUAUUUGUGAACCCCAAGAGUGGAGGCAACCAGGGAACCAAAGUCCUGCAGAUGUUCAUGUGGUACCUGAAUCCACGGCAAGUCUUUGAUCUUUCUCAGGAAGGGCCCAAAGACGCGCUUGAGUUGUACAGGAAAGUACCAAAUCUGCGAAUUCUGGCCUGUGGUGGGGAUGGAACGGUGGGCUGGAUCCUUUCUAUCCUGGAUGAACUGCAGCUGAGUCCUCAGCCUCCUGUCGGGGUCCUUCCUCUGGGGACUGGGAACGACCUGGCUCGCACUCUCAACUGGGGAGGGGGCUACACUGAUGAACCUGUUUCUAAGAUCCUAUGCCAAGUAGAAGAUGGGACAAUUGUACAGCUAGAUCGCUGGAACCUCCAUGUGGAAAGAAACCCAGACUUGCCUCCGGAAGAACUUGAAGAUGGCGUAUGUAAGCUUCCUCUGAAUGUUUUCAAUAAUUACUUCAGUCUUGGAUUUGAUGCCCAUGUCACACUGGAGUUCCAUGAAUCCAGAGAAGCAAAUCCAGAGAAAUUCAACAGUCGUUUUCGAAAUAAAAUGUUUUAUGCAGGGGCAGCUUUUUCUGAUUUUCUACAGAGAAGUUCUAGGGAUCUUUCCAAACAUGUUAAAGUUGUUUGUGAUGGAACAGAUCUCACCCCAAAGAUUCAGGAGCUGAAAUUCCAAUGUAUAGUAUUUUUAAAUAUACCCAGAUAUUGUGCUGGCACAAUGCCCUGGGGCAAUCCAGGAGAUCACCAUGAUUUUGAACCUCAGCGUCAUGAUGAUGGCUAUAUAGAAGUCAUCGGAUUUACCAUGGCCUCUUUGGCUGCCUUACAAGUUGGAGGGCAUGGAGAAAGGCUGCACCAGUGUCGGGAAGUCAUGCUUCUAACUUACAAAUCCAUCCCAAUGCAAGUGGAUGGGGAGCCCUGUAGGUUGGCUCCUGCUAUGAUUCGGAUCUCCUUGAGGAAUCAAGCCAACAUGGUACAGAAGAGCAAGAGGAGAACAUCCAUGCCUUUACUCAAUGAUAUUCAUCAGGUGCAAACUGCGGACCUGCGGAGAGUGUCUGCUCCCCCCGGCUCCUUCACCAUUCCCCAGUCUGUCCCAGACCGCCUGAGAAUCCGAGUGAACAAAAUCAGUUUACAAGACUAUGAAGGAUUCCACUAUGACAAAGAAAAACUCCGGGAAGCUUCCAUCCCUCUGGGUAUCCUAGUUGUGCGUGGAGACUGUGAUUUGGAGACUUGCCGUAUGUACAUAGACCGCCUACAGGAGGACCUGCAGUCAGUUUCUUCUGGCUCCCAGAGAGUUCAUUACCAGGAUCAUGAAACCUCCUUCCCCAGGGCCCUCUCGGCUCAGAGGCUCUCCCCAAGGUGGUGCUUCCUAGAUGCAACUUCUGCUGAUCGCUUUUAUCGAAUAGACAGAGCUCAGGAACAUUUACACUUUGUGAUGGAGAUUUCCCAAGAUGAGAUUUUUAUUCUGGACCCAGAUAUGGUGGUGUCACAGCAGGCAGGGACCCCUCCAGGAAUGCCUGAUCUUGUUGUGGAACAAGCCUCGGGAAUGUCUGACUGGUGGAAUCCGGCCCUACGGAAACGCAUGCUGAGUGACAGUGGGCUGGGAAUGAUAACUCCACAUUACGAAGACUCAGAUAUGAAAGAUAUCGGCCACUCCCAUAUGCUACAGUCACCAGUCUCUUCAGAAGACCACGCAAUUUUGCAGGCAGUAAUAGCUGGUGAUCUUAUGAAGCUAAUAGAAAGCUAUAAAAAUGGAGGUAGUCUGCUAAUUCAGGGACCAGACCACUGUUCACUCCUUCACCACGCAGCUAAAACCGGCAACGGGGAGAUUGUGAAAUAUAUUCUCGACCACGGACCCUCUGAGUUAUUGGAUAUGGAAGACAGUGAAACGGGUGAGACCGCACUGCACAAGGCUGCCAGCCAGCGGAACCGGGCUGUGUGCCAGCUUCUGGUGGAUGCAGGAGCAUCUCUGAGAAAGACGGACUCCAAGGGUAAGACACCUCAAGAGAGAGCACAGCAAGCUGGGGACCUGGACUUGGCUGCUUAUCUAGAAAGCCGUCAGAAUUAUAAGAUCAUUGGCCAUGAGGACCUGGAAACUGCUGUUUGACCCUGGUAGAUGAGCCAAGAGAAUCUGAGCAAGCAUAAUCACCUUUGCCCUCCCAGCAAUUGGGCAACUCCACUGGUAGAAGCUGAUGGAAUCCAGCUGUUUCUCUCCUGCAAGAAUCUAUCUGAGCUCAUGCCAUCAGUUUUUAAGGGCUACCAAGAUAUCCCACAGAACAUGAUAGCCCAUUGAGAAUGAGGCAGGAUACCUGGAGAUUUGUGGAGUUCAAGUUCCACAAAAUUUGAUCCUUAUUGCUUCCAGCAAGUAGCAUGAACUUCUCUGUUCACCUGUAUAAUUUAUUUUAAAGAUUCAAAGGAUGUUCAUAUAAAUGGCACUGCUCCCUCGUUCCCCUGUGAAUUCACCUUUCCCCUGUACCAUACCAUUCUACUGUAACUACCCAUCAAUUUUUAAAAUAUGAUAUUAUCUGUUCUCUUUAUUUACAUUUAGUCUUUGAAGACCAUGAAAUUGUCUGAAGGUCUUUUGAAAACCCCUGGAUGUCUUACAGAAACAUAACUAUGAAACCACUUCCAUUUCCAAGACUAAAUACACCAACACUACUUAGUGACUCUUUGCAUGCCCCCUCCCCUCCUUUUUUAUUAUAUAGGAGCUGGAAAGUGCCACAUAUAUAAUGUCAGCUGGUGUGUGCUGUAUCUCUGAGGUAUGGUGAGGUGGCAUGGGAGUUGUCUGUGCUCUGAGGUACCUCAGAAAAGUAACCCAGAGGUUGGCCCAGGCUGCUGAGCUGUGGCCGAUAGCCAUGAAAGACUGGUUCAGCUUGGGCUGUUUGUGCAGCUCAGUACUGCCUACGUGUAGCCAUCUUUGCCUUUUGCUGCAAUAGAGAUGAGCAACAGAUUAAACAAAGGCCCAUUGCUAGUUUGCAGAACCACUCAAUUUGUAAGUUCUGUUUAAAUUGCAGAGCAGAAAAUCUUGUGUGGAAACUGUGGUUACAGGAAAGGUAUCAGUAUAAUAGCUGUUACUUCUAAACCUUUUUGAGUGAGAAUAGAACACAGGAUAACUGAUUCAAAAUAAAACAACAAAAGAAAAAGUAGCAACAUAUGUCUAGGUAACAUAACUUGAGCAAGAACGCAGUCAUUAGAAUGUUGCACAGGGCCUAAUAAAUACACACUCUUGGAUCCAGUAGUAAGAGGGAACCCAGUUUAGGUUUUCCUUCUGUUUUUUUGGUUUGUUUGUUUGUUUGUUUGUUUGUUUUCAUUACUCCAAGUAAGUCUUGUCUCAAAGGCAAAACCUUGUUUAAUGAGCUCUACUGCCAGAUUUCCAGGCUGCCUGGAUCCUUCUGAUGGAUGUCUCACCCUGCUACUUGUCAGACCUGAUAACAUGGUAGCCCCAUUUUCGAUGCAUGGGGUAGUCUACUAUUUUCCUUUCCUUACUUUGUUUUCCUCCUUCAGAAAAAUCUGAGUGCAAACCAUUGUGGGAAGUUGACCAGAGAUGUCUACGUGGUAGUGGAAUUGCAAAUUGUAAUUCUGCCACAGAUCAGAUGGUAUUUACAGGUACCUCUAUUAGGGAUAGCAAAAAUAACAGGAGAAAAAGUCUUCUAACUUUUUGUCAGAAUAUUUACUUGACUUUGAUAUAAGUCAGAAAUAAAAGUGGGUAUUCAAGGGGUUUGCUUCUGGCUAAAAUUGGUGACUCCUUAGCCUCUUUCCGUUUUGCUCUUGGACACAAGCAAAGUGCUUCCUUAGUAUUUCUGCAUGUGAUCCUAAAUGAUCAUUUCUCUGCAUUUAAUUUAAAGGUCCAGUGGUGACACAUUGCUUUUCAGAAUCACAUUUGUUCACAUAUCAUCAUUUUGAAAGUAUGGAUAUGAUAUACUAUAUUAUGUAAGAACAGCCUCUCAGUCGAUGGAGAUUUUAUUACCGUGGUCUCCCCACAGUCAUUUCAAAAUCAAAUUUUGGGCAUUAUUUCCAGCUGUGGGAGAAUGGGUUGGUUGUGAGUAAUCUAUUUCCAUAUAUCACUCUCAGAAUUGGAAAUAUCUUUUGUAUUUUUAUGGUAAGAGAAGGAGCGCCUGCAGUAGAUUAUUUCCAGAAGCUGGAAAAAUAUGCUCCAGAAGAAUUUAAUCACUGUGCUUCUGCUGGAAGUUUUUCAGCUGGUGGGACCGUCAAGAAGAAAGACAUUUUGAUGACAGAAAUAUAAUCCUUAAAACAGACCAGAAUCUGGUGUUGAAUGGUGCCUUCCAUCUCCUGGAUUGAGCCAAAUGCUUGGCCAAGCGGCCAGUUACCCAGCUGCCACUGCUGGGAUGAAGGACUCUAGUUUCCCCAACUAGGAUCUCUGAUUUCUCUGUGAAUGCUUGAAAGCAGUCCAGAGAAAGUUUAAGGUACAAAUGGCCAUAGGCCAAUUCAAAGAGCUCCAAUAGGAGUCAAAAGUAAAUCCCUAGUAUGAAAACAAAUGAGGUACUGACUACUGUAGGGGUCUUGUUGCAUUUGGAAAUUGUUCCAAACCAAACCAAACACACAAGAAAAGCAUUUGGU